UGCUAGGGGCAAGGAGUGCACAACACAGGUCUGUGCCCAGUGCUUGUAAUCAUUCAGGCAGUGUGGGGUAGCUGGGGGUACAGGCAGGAGUGGCAGCAGCUGGCAAUGUCACUAGCUGCCCUUAUGGGCCUGGGGGUGGCAGCAGCCACCGUGGCUGGGCCCUGUAGCAGGGCAUCCUGCCUAUGCCGUGGGGCCAGGCAUGGGUGGGUGUGGGUGCACCCCGAGCAGGAAUGUGGGCUGGGAGGGGCUGUGGUUUCAGCUGGGGCACUCAGGGUGCAGCCAGCAGUGCAGCAGGAGCUGCCACACAGCAUGGCUGAGAAACCCCAAAUCCAGCUCUUCAUCAAGGUGAGGGGGGUCCUGAGGUCGGUGCCCCAGGCCAGUGGGUAGCCCUGGCAACCAACCCUGGCAGUGUUGCAGUGGGCGGGGUGGCUGGGCUGCAGUGCCCAGAUGUGGCGUAUUAGGCAGGCACGGAGGCAGAUAGUGGGCAGGGGGUCGGGCACCGGGUAGGCAAUGGGGCUGACAACAGGCAGUGGGGCAGGCACUGGGCAGCAGGUAGGUGGGGAGACAGACAGCAGGCAGCUCAGGCUCUUCUCCAGGGCGCACUGUUUGCUGAUUCCUGCCCUGCAAGCACAGGGUCUGUGGAGGCUAAACUUGGGGAGGUUGGACCAGGUUCCCCCCUGAAAGUAGGGCCGUGCAGUAGGGCACCACAGCAUCUCUCUGCCCCUUCCAGGCCCUUCCCAGCCGCUGCCUGGCUGGUGCAGUCUGGCUGUGCAGGCAGGACGGGGCUCACCUGGGAUUGUGGCUGGGGGUGACAGGGCCACCAAUAUUGCUGUCAUCUUCCUCUGGCACAUCUCUGCUCCUGGACUGUCCCCUGCCACUGCCAUCCCUGCUGCCACUACUGCUCUCAAGCCCUUGCCCCUCGACACUGAGGCUGGAGCAGCCUGGAGGUCCUUGUCCUCAGAGGGUGCUAGGGCCAGCACCUGCUGUGCCAUAUGGCUGCUCUGGAGUGUGGCAUUGAAGCUCUGUGAGCUGGCAGAGGCCAGGAGCUGGUGUCCUGCCUGGCAUAGCAGGUACCAUGGACUGCAGGACAGCUUGCCAGACUGGGCUGGGGAAUGUGCCCUAUCAUUUUCACCCUGUACCCUUUGGGGCUGCCCCCAGUCGGGCCAUGCCAGGGCAAAAGGACAGCUUAGCUUUCCUUCUGUGCCCACAGGCAAGCGAGGAUGGGGAGAGCGUGGGGCACUGCCCCUUCUGCCAGCGGCUCUUCAUGGUGCUGCUGCUCAAAGGGGUGCCCUUCACCCUCACCACUGUGGAUGUGAAGAGGGCGCUGGACGUGCUGAAGGACUUUGCACCAGGUGCCCAGCUGCCCGUCCUUCUCUACAAUGGCGAGCCCAAGACUGACACCAUCACCAUUGAGGAGUUUCUGGAGGACCAGCUGGGCCCCCCCAUGUGCCCUAGUCUGGUCCCGCAUUACCCGGAGUCAAGCCUGGCUGGGAAUGACAUUUUCCAUAAGUUUUCUGUCUUCAUCAAGAACCCGGUACCUGCACAGGAUGAGGCAUUGCAGCGCAGCCUGCUGCGUGCCUUGCUGAAGCUGGAUGAGUACCUGAGCACCCCUCUGGAGCACGAGCUGGCCCAGGACCCUCACCUCCGGGCCUCCCAGCGCCAUUUCCUUGACGGAGACCACCUCACGCUUGCCGACUGCAACCUGCUGCCCAAGCUCAACAUCGUUCAGGUCGUGUGCCAGCACUACCGCCGCUUUGGGAUCCCCAAGGACCUGCAGGGCGUGUGGCGGUACCUCAACAGUGCCAGUGAAACUAAGGAGUUCAAAUACACCUGCCCCAAUAGCCAGGAGAUUAUACAAGCCUAUCGUUCCGUUGUCCGGGCACUGCAGUGAGCCGGGCACGUGCCCUAGUGGGUGCAGGGCCAAGACUGUGGUCAGGCAGGAGGUCAGCGCCCACCCUGCCCCUACCUGCCUGCAGGGGCUCAGGAGAGCUGUGCCACUCGCACCCAAAUUCCCUCCACUGGCACCCAGGUGCUGGCAGCAAUCUGCAGUGCACCGAGGCCUUCUUGUGCCACCCACCCUUCCUCACAACCAGGACAAGCUCUGUGGCCCCUCGAGCAUCAGGAUGAGGACAAGGGGACACAGCCAGGGGCACCAUUGGUGCCAAAGCUGUGCCCAGCUGACGGCAGGGGCAGAGCUGGGCACAACAAGCUGCCCUGCAGCCACUUGCAUAGGCACGCUAUGCCACCCACCUGAGCUGCAGGCACCACAGGGUGCCCUCACACCUGCACCAGGUGAGGUGGCACACCCAUAGAGACCUAGGAAUGGAGCUGGAGAGGGAUGGCACAGGCAAUGGGCAGAGGUCAGUUCCCCCCAGAAAUCUCUAUUAGGAAGCUCUCAACAGACUUGGGUGUUGUGAAGCAAGGAAAGCCCAAGCUAAGCUUCAGAGCUCCUGGAAAUCAAUAAAAGCUUUGCAAGCAA